AUGUAUUCCGCAAAUGAACACUUGGUCGAUGAUGACGGCGAGUCGCAAAACAUGUCUGAGGAUAGCGCCUUCAAUCGAUACAAUCCCAUGGGAUUCUCUGACGCAGCUUCGGAUGUCGUUCCUGAUACCUUUGAAGCCGAGUUAGACGCCUUUCAAUCCUUAUUGGUGGGCGGUGCUUCCACGGAAAGGAAUGACCUAAGUAUCCCUGCCAAUGUGAGCCUCGACGAUAGCGGAAUAGUAAACAUGGGGGGUGCAGGAAAAGGAUCGAGAAGCGGCGAUAUGAGCAGCUCUCAGCGAUCUAAAAGCGGUGUUUCCAGCAGCAGUGAUUGGGAUCUAUCCUCAACUCAGAGUGGCAAAACAACCAUGUACGGCUACGGACUCGAGUUGGAUGAAUGGAAGCGAAAGAAAAACAUUGCACUGUGGCAGCCUGAAAGCAGCGCCAAAGCACUAGUAAAAAGGGGUCCUUUCUUUGCGUGUCAAACGCUGGCUCUGCAAGCUGUGGCAGACGAAUUGAACGGGCUUCUCUUUGUCCACCCCCCAAAUCGCCUUCAAAGUGCCAAAGCCGUGCAAAACAUGAUAGAGAGAACCAAAGAAAGUCGCAAGCGUCAAGAGGUAAUGGACCUGAUGCGACAUGUCCCCGAGGCAAACACAUCCAAUCCCAGACCAUGGCAGCUGCCGUAUAGGGAGCGCUGCAAAAACAGUGCAGGGUAUUUGGGUGUGGAUCAGUACUCACUGAUCGAUACUGCAUCAGCUUUGCGUGUCUUUGAUUCACGAGAUGUUUCGCCUUGGGAAUCUCGAGAUGUACUGCAACAUUUUCUAGACGAACAAAGCAUAAGCCUGACGCAUAAUUGGUUCGGCAACCUCAGGCGGAAACGAGGCAACGAUAAGAUCAAGUACAAGCCAGCGCGUCCAAGCUCCAUGCCAAUCCCAACUGAACCGUCUUUGCAAUCGGCCAGCGAAGAAAUGGACGAUUGGACCGAGGUGCUCAGCAAGGCAUCCAAAUCCUGGAAGGAUGAUGAGGUUAACAGAACUGCAUCAAUGUCCGUAAGUUCAGAGGAGUCAACUUCUCAGAGCUGCGACGAUGAAACCACGUCUCGAUUUGCAAGUACAAACAGAUCCGAACGAACACACUCUGUGACGUUUCGGUCGUCAGUUUUGACGUCGUCCCAGUCCACAACUGAAGCCAAAACCUACAACAGCAGCACCAUAGAUCAUGUCCUCCAUGGCAACGGAACAGAGACCAGUACCGGCACAAGCACGAGCUCUGGUUCAGGUUCGGGACAAAGAUCAGGAGUCGCUUCUAUGAGUGUGGAUGAUGAUAUCGAGAGUACUGGUGUAGCGAGAUCCUGGACGCGGAUGAUGACGAUGUAG